AUGCCUCCUAGAUAUCUAAAGAAAGGGUCAGCAGCCGAAAACUCUACCAAUACCCUCUCUCUUGAAGUGGGUUCCAUUGUCAAAGAAGUCAUCGACGACAUUCGGCAGAAUGGCGAUGAUGCUGUUCGAAAAUACUCGGAAAAGUUCGACAAGUGGUCGCGGCAAUCGUUCAAGCUGUCCAAGGAACAGAUCGACGCUGCGAUAACUGCAGUUCCAAAGCACACGAUAGAAGAUAUCAGGCAGGUGCAGGCAAAUGUCAGGCAAUUCGCUCAAGCUCAGAGAGAUUCUAUUCGCGAUUUCGAGCUCGAGACACAACCGUUGUUGGAGCGUGCCACUCCACCCAUCGCCGGCCAAAUACCAAAUUCUACUGUGGCUGCAAUGCAUAUGGCUGGGGCUGACGAAAUAUUCAUUCUUGGUGGUAUUCAAGCCGUCGCAGCUAUGGCCAUUGGAACAGAGACGAUUCGCAAGGUUGACUUCAUCGCCGGUCCUGGCAAUGCUUUCGUAGCAGAAGGUAAAAGACAGCUAUUUGGAGAGAUCGGUAUCGACCUGUUUGCUGGACCAACUGAGAUUCUCAUCAUCACCGACGAAACAGCCGAUCCCUUUACCGUUGCAACUGAUAUCCUUUCCCAGGCAGAACACGGCCCGGACUCGCCGGGAAUCAUUCUCACAACUUCUGAGGAAGUAGGACGAAAGGCAAUAGCGUUCAUUGACGAACUGCUGAAAGAGUUACCGACCGCGCCGCUAGCAGGAACAUCAUGGAAAGCAUAUGGAGAAGUAAUCGUGGUGGACUCAAUAGACGAAGCAUGGAAAGUGGCCGACGAGAUUGCGAGCGAGCAUGUUCAGGUCUUCACCAGGAACCCAAGGGAUGCAUUGGAAAAAAUGUCUGCAUAUGGCGCUCUGUUCUUGGGUGAGAACACCUGUGUGUCCUAUGGUGAUAAGUAUACUGGUGGACUAUGGGUCGGCAAGUUCUUGCGAACUUGCACCUACCAGGAAGUCAAGAACUCGGAGGCCAGCGGAGAGUUGGGUCGUCUUUGCGGAAGGGCGGCCAGGGCAGAGAACUUCGAAGGCCAUGCCCGUUCGGGAGAUCUAAGAGCGCAAAAGUACUUGAAGGAUGAGUAUAGCUGGAUCAGAAAAGCCGGAGGACCUUCGGUGACAAAAAGGGCGAUGAUCUAG